GUGUAUUACGCGGAACUAACUGUGCACCGCAGUUCUGUGGUGUACACGAAUGUGGCCCCGGUUUUCAGUAGCCAUGUUUCGGUUUUAUUUCUUAGUGCUUUUCCCUCUGCUUUUUGAAUCGGUGUUUCCGAUUUCUUUCUUUUUAUCCGUAAAUUCUCGGAAAUGUUUACGGGAAGAGAUCCAUAAAGACGUAUUGGUCACCGGUGAUUACGAUGUUUCUGAGCAGCCAAACACCAAGACCAAUCUUAAGAUUACUGAUUCCUCUGGGCACAUCCUUUAUUCAAAAGAAGAUGCUUCAAAAGGAAAGUUUGCCUUCACGACAGAGGAUUAUGAUAUGUUUGAAGUUUGCUUUGAAAGCAAAUCCCCGAUGGGAACUGGGCGAGUCCAAGACCAGCUGGUUAACUUGGACAUGAAACAUGGUGUAGAGGCAAAGAAUUACGAAGAGAUCGCCAAGGUGGAGAAGCUGAAGCCUCUGGAGGUGGAGCUGCGGCGACUCGAGGACCUCUCUGAGUCCAUCGUGAAUGAUUUUGCCUACAUGAAGAAGCGUGAGGAAGAGAUGAGGGACACAAACGAAUCAACAAAUGCACGCGUCUUGUACUUCAGCAUCUUUUCCAUGUGCUGUUUGAUUGGCUUGGCCACCUGGCAGGUAUUCUACCUGCGUCGCUUCUUCAAGGCAAAGAAGCUCAUUGAGUGAAGCUGUGUGCCAGCUGGAGAACAGUCCACUUGGUGGCCUCAUCCAGCCACCAUCCAGAGCAGAGACGGGGAAGCCAAUCUAGUUGCGGCAAAUAAAUCGAAAGGAUUGAUGAAGAACAAGUGUGAUAUGGCCACUUUCAUGAGGACUCAAAUUUACCACUGAAAUGCUAUCAAUUUAUUGCACUGUUUCACUCAGUUCUAAGCAUUAGGUAGGUCUAAUUUCCAACGCUGAAUCUUUACUGGUUUUUUAUUUUAUAAAUGCCAUUUUCAGAGGAUUUUAGCCUUUUCAGAUGUUGGUAAAGGAAGCGCAUUGCUAUGCGCAAUGAUUGUUUUUAGAGCCCUACUCCAUUUUUUAUUGUCUUCAGGGUUUUAUGCAUAAAUAUGGAAAGAUGUCAGCAGUCUACCUAUGAAUAAAUCGAGUUGACCAAUACACCAAA